AUGAGCGACGAGCACCCAAAUGGCUUCGGACAGCCAUUCUUCAUUGUGACAUGGGUCGAAUUUGGGUUGGCGAUCAUCUUCAUGAUCGCUCGAUGCGUUGCUGCGUCCAAACUUAUUCAUAAUGUGGCGAAAGACCUGUAUUUGGCGAUAGCAACAUUUACCCUGGGAGCUGCAAGCAUGGCGAUGAUCACUGUCGGAGCUACAUACGGGCUUGGUCUUCCGCAAGACAUGCUAACAUUCAACGAGAGCAAGAUGGCACUACUAUAUGGCUGGGUUAACCAAUUGCUUGCCCUCGUUGCGAUUGGGUUGGGGAAGCUUACCAUUGUCGCCUUUCUCGAACAAGUCCAAGGUUAUCAGACCAAAGCCAGAAGCAUAUUUCUUUGGUCUUUGGCGGGCAGCAACCUCGUCGUGAACUGUGUCGCUGCCAUCCUCAUGAUGCUUCAAUGCUCGCCGAGGAGGAUGCUGUGGGAAGCAUAUGCUAAGGGGUAUUGUCCUUAUCGCAGCCGUAUACAGAUAUUCGGUUAUAUUCAAGGGCCUUGGUCCGCUGUUUGCGACUUUGCACUCGCGUUAUAUCCCGUUUCUUUCCUUGCUCGGGUCCACGCUUUCUCGAUAGCGACUCGGAUCGGUCUCUGCGUACUAAUGGGAUUUGGCGUCGUGGCAGGGGCAUGUGCAAUAGUAAAAACUGUUCAAUUGACUGUUCUGACGAAAAUCGAAGAUCCGAGCCAGCAGAUCGGAACAGUCAUUGUUUGGAACCAAACCGAAAUGUGGGUCGUAUUCAUUGUCAGCUGUAUACCACCUACGAAAGUGUUCUUCAAGCAUGUAUAUCGCCGAAGUUCUAUCCGGCUAGGCUCAUUUGUGGACCAAAUGCGGCCACGGGAACAGGAGACGAAGCAGAAUGAGUCGAUGCAAUCUAGCUGUUAA